CAAAAACCCCGAGUUGCUGCUCCAGAAAAGCUCAACGGCAGUGGGGGAAAGCUCCUCCGGCUCUAUAAAAGGGUGCAGCAAGUCCGUAAAACUCCACAUUCGAGUCAGAAAAGUCAAGGUGAAUUGUGGGCCCAAUUGCAGCUGAGAUUGUGAAUUAAUACCCCCGCUGGCAAAUCAACCCUUGGACACUUUAUAAAAAGGAAAACAGGUCGUCGGUUCAUCGAACUUCCGCUAGAUACACAGAGAAGCUAAGAAAAAGAAAAAAAUGCCAGAUAUUCCCUUUGUCUUGAACCUGGAUUCCCCGGACUCCAUGUACUAUGGCCACGAUAUGUUUCCGAAUCGCAUGUACAGGCGAAUGCAUUCGCGGCAGCAUCAUGACCUGGAUUUGCACACCCUGGGCAUGAUUGCACGGAUGGGUGCACAUGCUCAUCACCUGGUGGCCAACAAAAGGAGCGGAGAGCUGGCCGCCCUGGGCAGGAGUGGUGUGCCCAAUAAGCAGGGCAACUUUGAGGUCCACCUGGAUGUGGGUCUCUUUCAGCCCGGUGAACUGACCGUCAAACUGAUCAACGAUUGCAUCGUGAUCGAGGGAAAGCACGAGGAGCGGGAGGAUGAUCAUGGACAUGUCUCCCGGCACUUCGUCCGUCGUUAUCCGCUGCCCAAGGAGUUCGACUCGGAUGCCAUUGUCUCCACUUUGUCGGAGGAUGGAGUUCUCAAUAUCACAGUUCCUCCACUUGUUGCCAAGGAGGAGCCCAAGGAGCGGGUCAUUCCCAUCAAGCAUGUGGGUCCAUCGGAUCUCUUCCAGAAUGGCAACGGGCAUAAGGAGCCAGCCGCUCCAGCUUCCGCUCCAGUUCCGGAAAGCAAGUAAAGAGCCCCCAAUGGUAGCAGCAUUAGCAGCCAAGUGAUUUCCCAAGACUCUCGUUUAUCGUUGCACUUCAAAAAGUCAUCAAAAUUAAGCACGCGUCGAACUACAUUUAUUCAUUUACUUAUAGCUACAUUUUAAAAGUCCAAUCCAAUUUUAAGACUAAUCGAAAUUCAGUAUUAAUAAAGGAAUAUGAAUGUCUCAGUUAA